GAGUCAGAUGUGGUGGAGUCUCUGGAUUCCAUCUACUCUACAGGCACCUUUGUCCAGAUCCAUGAGAUGCAGGACCUGGGAGACAAGCUGAGGAUGAUCGUCAUGGGACACCGCAGGAUCCGGAUCACUAAACAGCUGGAGGUGGAGCCUGAGGAGGUGGAGGCGGCCCCUGUGUUGUCCGAGUCUGAGACAGAGUCCCAACCCAAAACAACACCUAGACGCAGAUCCAAACAGAACCGCAAGGACCCGGCGGCCCCUGCAGCGGAGCAGGUCCAGGAAAAGGUUUCAGAAGCGACUGACAGCUCUGAGAUUAGAUGUGUCACGUGGACAUGCUAUGAAAGCUGCUGUGUGUCUCUGCAGAUCCCGAAGCGUCUGUACAAGGCUCUGUCUCUGCUGAAGAAGGAGUACGAGCUGAGCAAACUGCAGCAGCGGCUGGGCCGAGAGGUGGAGGACAAGAUCAAACAGACCCACAGGAAGUACCUGCUGCAGGAGCAGCUCAAGAUCAUCAAGAAGGAGCUGGGUCUGGAGAAGGAGGACAAAGAAGCCAUCGAGGAGAAGUUCAGAGAGAGGCUCAAAGAGAUGACGGUCCCACAGCACAUCAUGAACGUCAUCAACGAAGAGCUCAACAAACUGGGGCUGCUGGACAACCACUCCUCAGAGUUCAAUGUAACCCGUAACUACCUGGACUGGCUGACCAGCAUGCCCUGGGGGACCUACAGUGAAGAGAACCUAUCCCUGGCAACAGCCAAAGAUGUUCUGGAGGAAGACCAUUAUGGGAUGGAUGAUGUCAAGAAGCGCAUUUUGGAGUUCAUCGCAGUGAGCCAGCUGCGGGGCUCCACCCAGGGGAAGAUCCUGUGCUUCUACGGGCCCCCGGGUGUAGGAAAGACCUCCAUCGCACGCUCCAUAGCCAGAGCCCUCAACAGGCAGUACUACAGGUUCAGCGUGGGAGGCAUGACUGAUGUGGCCGAGAUCAAAGGACACAGGAGAACGUAUGUUGGUGCGAUGCCAGGGAAGAUUAUCCAGUGCCUGAAGAAAACCAAGACCGAGAACCCUCUGGUGCUUAUAGACGAGGUGGACAAGAUGGGGCGCGGUUACCAGGGCGAUCCAUCCUCUGCCCUGCUGGAGCUGCUGGACCCCGAACAGAACGCCAACUUCCUGGACCACUACCUGGAUGUUCCUGUAGAUCUGUCAAAGAUUCUGUUUAUCUGCACGGCCAAUGUGAUUGACACCAUCCCAGAGCCCCUCAGAGACAGGAUGGAGAUGAUCAAUGUGUCUGGAUAUGUGGCCCAGGAGAAACUGGCUAUUGCUGAGCAAUACCUGGUCCCUCAGCUGCGCUCUCAGUGUGGUCUGACUGAGGAAAAGGUUUCCAUCUCCCCCGACGCCCUCAGUCUGCUGAUCAGGCAGUACUGCCGGGAGUCUGGAGUCAGGAACCUGCAGAAACAAAUAGAAAAGGUGUUCCGUAAGGUGGCAUUCUCUAUUGUGAGCGGCGAACAAACCAUGGUGACUGUUACCCCUGACAACCUGCAGCUCUACGUGGGUAAACCCAUUUUCACAGUGGAUCGAAUGUAUGACGUCACGCCACCUGGAGUGGUUAUGGGUUUGGCCUGGACUUCUAUGGGGGGGACGACGUUGUUCAUCGAGACCUCUCUACGGCGCCCUUCUGACCCUAAAGGAGAGGGCUCUCUGGAGCUGACCGGUCAGCUGGGCGAUGUCAUGAAGGAAAGUGCAAAGAUCGCUACAACCUUUGCCAGAGCCUUCCUGAUGAACCAGGAACCAGAAAAUAACUUCCUGGUCAACUCCCACCUGCACCUGCAUGUCCCUGAGGGAGCCACUCCUAAGGACGGACCAAGCGCCGGCUGCACCAUCGUCACAGCACUGUUGUCCCUGGCAACCAAGCGGCCGGUGCGUCAGAACGUAGCCAUGACAGGUGAAGUGUCACUAACUGGCAAAAUACUUCCAGUAGGAGGCAUCAAAGAAAAAACUAUUGCGGCCCGUCGUGCUGGAGUGACCUGCAUCAUCCUGCCAGAAGAGAACAAGAAGGACUUUUCUGACCUGCCGGACUACAUCAGCGAGGGCCUGGAGGUCCACUUUGUGAAACACUACAACCAAAUAUACCCCAUAGCCUUCCCACAGGACCAGUCUUAACCACAUGUUUUUAUUUACAACACUGAAACGAAGGCAAGAUGGACCAAGACUUAUUUUCAUGGAGCUCCAGAACCCAGAACCAGUUCGAUGCCACGUUAUGGUGAUUUCUAUUCUGGUUAUAGUUGUAGUAAAUAUGCAGUUUGGAUCAAGAUCCUGUUGUGGAGAAUGGGGCUACAUUAUCUGUUCCAAACUCAUCCAGAGGAACAGGGGCUUUGUGAUCACACAGACAUAACCAGCUUCAGCCUCCACAAGAACUCUGAAUGUAGGAAGACAGUGUGAUAGCAGAAAACAUCUCUGGACUGAAACCACGCAACCAACUGUGCCAACGAUGGAUAUACACAGUAAAGGCCCAGUGAUGAUGGACACUGGCCGGUCACCGCAGGAUAUGAUGUCAUCAAUGAUCAGAGGUUGAGGUGGCCAUCUGGCUGCCAGGCAACCUCUUUACCCGCAGUUGUCAUUAUACAGCGCUGUGGAUGCAGUCUUUAACACAAAUCUAAUUUUUAUACUAUUAUAUGCAGAUUUGAUGAUGAUGAUGUUGAAAUAGAUUAAAUUAUAAAACAUAA